AUUUUGCAUUUUUUGCAUUCAAAUUUCUGGUAGUAUUCUUUGCCUGUAGUGACACAUGUCACUUUCACUUUCACUUUUUUUGUAAAGCACAUUGGUCACACGUAACUUCAGUCAUUAUAGAGGUUUAGAGGUAGAGAGUAAAACGUUGCUCCAACUGACAUGGAUUAUCUUCUCUUUUUUAUGGAGAAUCCCUGUGUAGGAGAACUAGCAUUGACCAACAGAGAUGAACCAGGAUAAAUUGGAGACUACAGUUGGUGUUAGGACAGCAGGAACAGAGGGAUCGUCUGUAACCCUACAAACUGAUGGACAAGAAUAUAAACAAAUAACGUGGAUGUUUGGACCACAGAAAUGGAUUAUAGCCAGAUGUAAUAUACGUGACACCCCACUGUGUGAGAUUACUGAUGAGACAUCUCUCACCGGUAUGAACCUCAGCCCUGAACAAGCUGAACUUUAUAAACGGAUCAUCAACUCAUUCAGAGACAGACUGAAGAUACACAAUAAUGGAUCUCUCACCAUCAAGAACAUCAGCGAUGAACAAGCUGGACUGUACACACUACAGAUCAUCAACAAAUCUGGUAAAGAGGAUAAGAAGGAAUUCAGUGUUAAUGUCUCUGCUCCCAAGAUUGUCAAUGACUCAAAAUGCUCAGAAUGUGUCUGCCAGUGUUCAGUGGAGCAUGUCACACGGGUGUCUCUCUCCUGGAUCAUCAGCAGCACUGCUCCAUUUCUGGAGGUGGAAUAUCAGGAUACCAAUGGAAACUGUGUGGUGAACAAUUCAGUCACUGACCUGACUAAACACUGUCAGUGCAUGAGUCCAAGAUCAGAUUCAGAAUCAGGUCUGAGCCCAUGGCUGAUAGGUGUGCUGGUGCUGCUGGGUGUUGCAGUAGUUGCAGCAGCAGCUGUGAUUUUUUACAAGAAUUUUUACAAGAAAUGUAAAGCAGAACAAAAUGGCAAGUAUUACCUACAGUCAACACAGAUUGUGUAAAAGUAGCCUUUAAACAUGUUUUUCUUAUUCUUUAUUUUUAUUAAUACCCAGUUGUUUCUUUUUACUGAAACCUUUUACUGAAUAUAAUGUAAUAUUAUUGCAGUGUUCAUCAGUGCAGGGGUUUUUGGUUAAAUGCCUGAAAUGAGGUCUGUGGUGAACACAAGCUCAAGAUAUUUUCACGUUUUAUUCUAUGAUAUAAAAUACAUCAAUAAUAUCCUCUUGUGAUUUUUUUAAAAUCUUUGACUUGUCUUGAACAAGGCGGUUGCUAACAAGUGGGACAACAGAGAAUGUUGAGGACAUU